ACCUAAUACAGACGGAUUGGAACUACUCAGAAUGCCGUACAGGCCAGCAAGCUUUUACGAUGCUGAUCGCAAGAUCUGGAGCGGAGACCAAUUGGAAUACUACUUUGACCCACAUCUGUCCAUCGGAGAGAUUAUAUUCAACGAGAUGCGGAGGCAUCCACAGCUCAUCGCUCAGAUCUCGGCCACGGAGAACACGAUAUUGUCCAGGGCGGAACUGCAGGCCAAUGCAAUGCACAUUGCCAGCUAUAUGCGAUCUUUGGGCCUCCUUCAAAUGGAUAUAGUGGGCAUUAUAGCGAGGAAUACCACCCACAUUUCAGCAGUGGCCUAUGCCUGCUUCUUCAACGGCAUUGCCUUUCACUCGCUUAACAUCUCAUAUGAACAAAGUACAAUUGAAAAACUCUUUAGCAUCACCAGGCCAAAUAUCAUUUUUUGUGAUGGCGAUGAGUUUGAGAAGGUCCGAUCUGCCACGGCACAACUGGAUGUAAAGAUAAUCACCAUGCGUAAUCAUCAGUCGGGUUCUAUAAGGAUCGAUGAAGUCCUGGCAACUCCCAUUGAGAAAAACUUCCAGCCAGUAAGACUGGAACGCGGCAACGACCAGACUCUGGCCAUUCUCUGCUCCUCAGGCACAACGGGCAUUCCAAAGGCAGUGACAAUAACCAACAGCCGACAGAUCCUUAAUUCCGGCCAUUCCUUAACCACCAACGAUGUUCAGUACAGCCAUAGUACUCUCGACUGGAUUACGGGUCUGCUUACCACUGUAACAUCCGGGGUAUUCAGCACCAAACGUAUUAUAGCAGAUAAUAUCUUCGAUCCGGAAUUUUUCAUGCGACUCGUAGAAGAGCAUCAGAUCACGUGGAUAUUUCAAGCGCCUGCCCACAUGGCUAUGAUGGUCAACUCUCCCUCGUUCUCCACCGCCGACCUGUCGAGCUUGAGGUACUACCUUUUUGGGGGGUCACGGGCUUCUGUAGAGACACAGCAUCGGAUCAGGAGUCGCCUGAGCAAGGAUUGUCUACACUUUGCGUACGGCUUUACAGAACUGGGCAGCGUUGCCGCCUUGAACUUGCACUUCGAUGAGAAGCCGAACUCGGUGGGUCGUUUGGUGGCGGGACUAAAGCUUAAAGUGAUUUGUGAAAAGGGUGAAUCCCUUGAGCCCGAUGAGGUGGGUGAGCUGUGCCUCUGGAAUGGUCAAUACUGGGCCGGAUACUAUGGCAAUCCGGAGGAAACACACAAGAUGAGAGACGGCCAUAACUGGUUCCACACAGGAGACCUGGGAUACGUGGAUGACGAUGGUUUCAUAUACAUUGUGGAGCGCAAGAAGGACAUGCUUAAGUUCCAGAACAUCAUGUACUAUCCCAACGAAAUCGAGAGUGUCAUCUCAAAGAUGCCAGACGUCGUCGAAGUUUGUGUAUUCGGGGUGUGGAAUGAGAUCAACGGUGAUGAGGCCACCGCGGCUGUGGUCAAGAAGCGGGGCAGUGCUCUCACGGCUCAGGACAUUGUGGACUAUGUGGCCACCCAUAUCGAUGCCAAGUACAAGCAGUUGAACGGAGGUGCCAUCAUCGUGGAUGAUCUGGUGCGCAGUCCCAAUGGCAAAACCAACCGCAUGGCAAACAAAGCAUUUUUCUUGGAGGCCAAAAGUUCAGCAAAAUAAAAUAAUGACGAGCUUACAAUAUUCCAAAACUGAAAUAUAGCUAGAAAGGCCAAACAUUUAUUGGUAAAUGUAUAGAUAUAAUAUUUUUGAUUUUUGUAGAUUGCAACUUACGAACCAAUAAUUAAACUUAAGGGUUUCAAUAAGAAUUGCAGAUUGUUUGAU